ACUUCGCUGGAGCACUGGAGCUGCCUUUGGAAGUCUAGAAUCCCCAGCAUGAACAUCCUCGUCUCUGCCUUCCUCGGCUGCCUCGUUUUAGCUCCAGCUGCCCCACAAGAUUCAAAGGUCAGAUGGUGUUUGACAUCGAACCAGGAGCUGCGUAAGUGCAAUGACCUCUCGACCACAACCAUGCAGCUGGCCUGUGUGAAGCGCGAUGGACAUCAUGAAUGCAUCAGAUCUAUUAAGGAUGGUGAAGCAGAUGCCAUCACUCUGGACGGAGGAGAUAUCUACAAAGCCGGCCUCAGGAACUACGACCUUCAUCCUGUCUAUGCCGAAGACUAUGGCGAAGACUCCUGUCCCUAUGCUGUUGCCGUGGUGAAGAAAAGCUCACGUUUUAAAUUCAGUGAACUCCGUGGGAAGAGGUCGUGCCACACUGGGCUGGGCAAAUCCGCAGGUUGGAUAGUUCCCAUUGGCAUUCUCCUGUCCAGAAAUCAGAUCAAAUGGGCCGGCAUUGAGGAUAAACCUUUAGAACAGGCGGUGAUGGAGUUUUUCUCAGCCAGCUGUGUCCCCGGAGCCACUAAGAGCACUAGACUGUGUCAGCUGUGCAAAGGUGACUGCUCACGCUCACACGAGGAGCCGUACUAUGAUGAUGAUGGAGCUUUCCAGUGCCUAAAGGACGGUGCUGGAGACAUCGCUUUUGUGCAGCACCUGACUGUCCCAGCUGCUGAGAAGGAUCAGUAUGAGCUGCUCUGUAAAGACGACACCAGGAAGAGUAUUGAUGAGUAUAAAACCUGCCACCUGGCCCAAAUCCCCGCCCGUGCUGUAGUUACUCGAAGGGGUUUCAUACUACCCCCAUGCCUCACUGAAAGCAAUUCUUCAUUCAAGAAAGCUGGCGCCUUCUCUUCUGAGGGUUACACAGCUAAAAAUCUCAUGUUCAGAGACUCUACAAAACGGCUGGUGCAGCUUCCGAAGAUCAUGGAUGCUUUCCUGUAUCUCAGAGCACAGUACACGGCCAGCAUCCGCUCCCUGCAGAAAGGCAUGAGCACCGACAGCACUUCUCAGUAUAUAAAGUGGUGCGCUGUGGGCCACGCUGAGACGGCAAAGUGCGACUUGUGGUCAGUCAACAGCAUGGACGAGAGCGGCAACGUCAGGGUCGAGUGCCAGAAUGGACAGAGCGUGGACGAGUGCAUCAGUAAAAUCAUGCGUAGAGAGGCUGAUGCCAUGGCCAUCGAUGGAGGACAGGUGUAUACUGCGGGGAAGUGCGGCCUGGUCCCAGCCAUGGUGGAGCAGUAUGAUGAAUCACAGUGCGCUGUGGGCAGUGAUGCCUCCUCCUACUAUGCGGUGGCUGUAGUGCGUAAAGGCUCAGGAGUGACCUGGAACAAUCUCAGGGGUAAAAAGUCCUGCCACAACAGCCUGGGCCGCACCGCAGGCUGGAACAUCCCCAUGGCCCUCCUCCACAACAGCACCGGAGAAUGUGACUUCUCUAAGUACUUCAGCCAGAGUUGUGCUCCUGGUGCUGAUCCUGAGUCCAAUCUCUGCGCUCUGUGCAAGGGCAGCGGUAAAGGCGUCAGGAGCGAGAGAGUCAAAUGCAAGCCCAGCACAGAGGAGCUUUACUACGGCUAUGCUGGAACAUUUAGGUGUCUGGUUGAAGGUGGUGGUGAUGUGGCCUUUGUUAGGCACAGUACUGUAGAGGAAAAUACAGAUGGCAAGGGUCCAGAUUGGGCUUCCAAACUGAAAUCAUCAGACUUUGAGCUGAUCUGCCCUGGAAGUUCUGCUCCUGUGUCGGACUACGCCAGGUGUAACCUUGCCAAGGUUCCAGCUCAUGCUGUCGUAACUCACCCUGAGUCGCGUAGAGAUGUGGUGGCCAUCCUAAAGGAGCAGCAGGGUAUGUUUGGUGGUUCCAUCCCUGAUGCCCCAUUCAGGAUGUUCCAGUCAGAGAACGGUAAAAACCUGCUCUUUAAGGACUCCACUAAAUGUCUCCAAGAGAUUCCAGCAACGAAGACCUUUAAGGAAUUCCUAGGCGACGCCUACGUGGCCACCAUGGAUUUUCUCCGCCAGUGUUCCAGCAACGUGCCAGAUCUGGAAAAUGCCUGCACCUUCCGUACCUGCCAUUAGGAACACCAGCAUGUACUCAGACCAGAGCUGCCUGAACAUCAUCCCAGGUGUAACCAAGAAGACACACGUGCAAGGUGCUUGUUUCAAAUUGGCCACAGUGAGAAUUAGUGAGCAAACCAGUCCCCAAUGUUUUGACUCUUUCAGAGCUCCUGUGCUUGAAGCAACAGUUUUCAACCGGUUUGGAACACACGUCCUCUACGUCUUCACAAAGCAGGUUCAGUUCACGAACAUAAUUUGCACCCCCACUGCUUCUGCAUACCGUUUUACACCUGUUUUAUUCUUGUGUAAAUAGAUGAAGUGCUGAAAUCAACAGCCAGAUAUUAAAGCUAUAAAACGAA